AUGGUUCCGAAGAAGUCAGGAGUGACAGUGGUAGCUAAUGAAGAGAACGAACUGGUGCCCACGAGAGUGAAGAAUUCUUGGAGAAUUUGCAUCGACCUAGAGGACCAGGAGAAGACUACCUUCACCUGCCCUUUCGGUACAUUUGCAUAUCGUAGGAUGUCAUUUGGACUGUGCAACGCUCCAGGUCAUAUAGUCUCUAGGAAGGGCAUUGAAGUAGAUCCUGCUAAAGUUAGCGCUAUAUCUUCUUUAUCUUAUCCCGCAUGUGUGCGGGAAGUUCGAGCUUUUCUUGGCCAUGCAGGAUUCUACAGGAGAUUUAUUAGAGAUUUCAGUAAGAUUGCUCUGCCAUUGUCUCAGCUGCUUCAGAAGGAUGUUCUGUUUGAUUUCGAUCAGAGGUGCAGAGAGGCUUUUGACAGAUUGAAGGAGGCUCUUCAGAAGGAUGUUCAACACCUAUUAUCAAACCCCCAGACUGUUUUGAAGUAUCUCCUCAAGAAGCCUGAUGCAAAGCCUAGAUUAAUUAGAUGGAUGCUUCUUCUUCAAGAAUUCGACGUAGAGAUACGUGAUAGGAGUGGGAAGGAGAACUUGGUUGCCGAUCACUUGAGCAGGAUUGAAGGAGACGUGGACCAUUCGGCUAUUGAUGAUGAUUUCAGCGAUGAGCAGCUUCUACAGCUGCAGGGUGAGUCUCCAUGGUGUCAACGAAUUGGGAACAUAGGACCUAGAAAUGAAAUGCCUCAACAAUUCAUAUUAUUUUGUGAGAUUUUUGAUGUUUGGGGUAUUGACUUUAUGGGUCAAUUUCCUGCAUCUUUCGAUUUUGCUUACAUUUUAUUGGCAGUUGAUUAUGUUUCCAAAUGGGUGGAGGUCAUUCCCACUCGGACUGAUGACUCUUCUGUUGUUGUUAGCUUUGUCACGUCUCACAUAUUUUGCAGGUUUGGAGUACCCAGGGCGAUCAUAAGUGAUCAAGGGUCUCAUUUUUGUAACAGACACAUGAAGGCUUUGCUACAUAAGUACGGGGUUACACAUAAAGUUUCUACAUCAUAUCAUCCUCAAACAAAUGGGCAAGCAGAAGUGUCUAACAGGGAGGUGAAAUCAAUUCUUGAAAAGACUGUGAGACCGGAUAGAAAGGAUUGGAGUAAGAGACUUGAAGAUGCACUAUGGGCUUAUAGGACUGCUUUCAAUACCCCUAUAGGAAUGUCUCCAUACAGGAUUGUGUAUGGAAAAGCUUGCCAUUUACCCGUGGAGAUUGAGCAUAGGGCAUAUUGGGCGGUUAAAGCAUGCAAUCUUGAUAGUGAAACGGUUGGAGAAGAAAGGAAAUUGCAACUUCAAGAACUUGAAGAGAUUAGAUUGGAAGCUUAUGAGAACUCACGGAUUUAUAAAGAAAAGACCAAGAGAUUUCAUGGCAAACAAAUUGAGGUGAAAGACUUCCAAAUUGGUGACAAAGUACUUUUAUAUCGAUCUCGUCUCAAAUUGAUUAAAGAUUUGCAGGGAAAUGGCAGUUUGUGCCAAUUUGGAAUGAGAAUUGUGAUGAGCCAGGGCUGCUGGAAAAUGGAAGGUUUUUGGAUAUGCAUUGUAAGGGUCUGUAGAGACAAUAUGAAGCCUGAGUUCGGGGCUGUUUGUAGCAGGUUAAAGCUCAAAGUGAAGCUGAAAUUUCGUGCUACUGAAAAAGAUGAGGUUAAGUAUGACUGCAGUCAAAUGCGGAGAGAUGUGCAGACAAACUGA